UCAGAUUUGGUCGAGUGUUUGGAAUUGAUAGUGAAUAAAAAUUGCAAAAAAAAGAAAAUAAUAGGAUUCCAACAUGUCAAAACAACAAUUACCAAAUAAAGAAACAAUAGCAGAACUUCGCCGUCAAAUUGGAAAACAACGGAAACAUUACGAACAGUUAAUAAAAAAUGUUCGAGCAAAACAUUGUAAAGAGAAAGAAGAACUGGAGAAAUCAUUAUCGGAUCUUUAUGAUAAAUUCAUUGAAAAACUCAAAUACUUGAUGGAACUCAAUGCCUUGGAUAAAGAAAACGGGAAGUUGGUUGAUAUGGUAUUUGAAAUUUCGAGAAAUUGGACUCAAAUUAAUACUUUAUUCGCGGAGUUUUUUGGAAUGAAUGAAACUUUGAAAAUUAUUGAAGAAAAUGGAGACAUGUAUGGUCAUCUGACGGAAAUCAUCAAGAAUAGAAUGAUGGUAAAAUCGAAAAUAAUAAUAGCACUUUACGAAGAUACCAAGAAAAUUGUACUGGAAUUGCUGAAAUCAAUUGAAAGUUUUCUAGACUUUUAUGUGCUAGGAAUGGAUGAGAAUCAUCGCAUUGGAAUGAUCAAAAUGUUGAAUUUAAUGAAAAACGUUCCUUUUGCUGUUUUAAACGAGAAAGAGCGCAUUGAUGGAACAAUCGACGAGAUCAAGAAAACCGUAACAGAAAUUGAAUCAGAACUACUGAGACUUCCACUGAGCAAUUUGAGACCUCGCCGAUCAAUUCGACAAAUAUUAUGGGAAGAAGUGGAUUUAUAUGAAGCAAUCAGAACUGGAACAGUGUUUGCCUUAGAAGGAAUACAUCUGACUGGCGAGGCUCAACCAAAAUCUAGUUAACUGAACGUUGAAGCUUGGUUUAACCCAGUUCUGAUUUUAUCUUGUACACUGUAUAAUAUUUCUUCAACAAUUGAAAACUUGUAUAAAAUGUUUCACUUCA